CCACUCUAACUGACAUUUCUUUUGAAUUCGGCUAUGGAGAGUGCCUGUGAUGCCCGCUGCUGGCUUGUGAACUUUUAUCCUUUUAUUAUUUUUGCUUGAUAACUUAUUAAUGAAACCUUAUGGAUAUUGAGACAUAAAAUAGAAUCAGUUUUCUCUUUAUGCAUUUCUUCUGGUUUUUGGUGUUUUUUUUUUUUUUGUGUGUGUGUGUGUGCACGGUGGAAAAAGAACAGAGUGAGAGAAGCAGCACUUGUAUUUGCAUGAGGACUAUAUUUACAUACCUGAAGUUAGCUGAAUUAAUCCUGGCAACCAAGAUGGAUCUCAAGUGUGCUCUGGAAGAAUGUUCAAUGGCAUUGAACUUAUUUCUAAACAAUAAGUUCUCUGAAGCCCUGGAGCUACUUCGUCCUUGGUCUAAAGAUAGUAUGUACCAUGCCCUUGGGUACAGCACUAUUUUAGUUAUGCAAGCUGCUAUGACCUUUGAACAGCAGGAUAUACAAGUGGGAAUUUCUACAAUGAAGGAAGCUUUGCAAACUUGCCAAAGAUUCAGGAAAAGAAGCACAGUGGUGGAAUCCUUGUCCAAUUUAGUUUCUAAACAGUCAGUGGAUCAGCUGAGUGAGGAGGAAAUGCAUGCUGAAAUCUGCUAUGCUGAAUGCUUAUUACAGAAAGCAGCUCUCACCUUCGUACAGGAUGAAAAUAUGAUCAACUUUAUAAAAGGUGGCCUCAAAAUUAGGACGAGUUACCAAAUAUACAAAGAAUGUCAUCAGGUGCUACAGAUGACUCAGGGGAACAAAAGCAAAAAUGAAACUUACUACCAGUUUGAAGGAGGAGUAAAACUUGGAAUUGGAGCAUUCAACUUGAUGCUGUCACUUUUACCAGGAAGGAUCCUCCGACUUUUAGAAUUUAUUGGAUUUUCUGGCAAUAGGGAGUUGGGCCUCUGUCAACUACGGGAAGGCGCAUCUGGCAGCAGUUUGAGGGCCAUUCUGUGUACUUUCACCCUGUUGGUUUAUCAUACUUACGUCUCCUUAAUCCUUGGUACAGGGGAAGCCAACCUUCAGGAAGCAGACAGUCUCCUUGAGCCCUACCUCCAGAAAUUUCCAAAUGGUUCCAUUAUUCUAUUCUAUGCUGCCAGAAUAGAUAUACUGAAAGGAAAUUUUGAAAAGGCACAGAUGAGGUUCCAAGACUGCAUAGCAGCCCAGCAGGAGUGGAAACAGAUUCAUCAUCUCUGUUACUGGGAACUGAUGUGGUGCUACACCUUCCAGCAGAACUGGCUUCAAGCAUAUCGGUAUGCAGACCUGCUCAGCAAAGAGAGCAGGUGGUCUAAGGCAAUAUAUGUAUUCCAGAAGGCAGCAAUUCUAUGUAUGCUUCCAGAAGAUGAUUUGAAAAGGACUGGUGAGGACAUUGUAUCUUUAUUCAGACAAGUGGAUGGUCUAAAACAGAGAAUUGCAGGAAAAUCUAUCCCAACUGAGAAAUUUGCUGUAAGGAAAGCUCGACGCUAUGCAAGUUCUCAACCAGUGAAGCUGAUACUACCCGCCUUGGAAAUGAUGUAUGUCUGGAAUGGCUUUGCAAUUGUGGGCAAAAGAGCAGACCUCACUGAAAAUUUACUGGUAACAAUUGAAAAAGAAGAAACUACUCUACAAAAUGAAACUAAUCACAAUGAGUACUAUAUGGAUGAUGUGUGCAUGUUGCAGUUACUGAAGGGCCUCUGCCUGAAACACUUGGGAAGACUCAUGCAAGCUGAACUGUGUUUCAGUAAAGUAACUCAAAGUGAGAAACAGAUAAAAUACGAUAGUUACUUGGUGCCAUUCACCCUGUAUGAGUUGGGUCUUCUGUACAAGCAACAGGAUGAGAGAGAAAAAGCAAUAAGAUACAUAGAAGCUGCAAAGCUUCAGAGAUGCUGAGACUCCACUGCAUGCAUGAGAUGGAGCUGGAGAGUCCAGAAAAAGGAUCUGUACUACCUCUGUCCCAGAGAACAGCUGUGGGGCUUACAUCUGCAGCACUAAAGUUGUUAGUGGGAGUAGGUUAAAAGCCAGUACACUUUUGACCAUGUCCCUUUUCCUUUCACAUCCUGCCACAGAAGAGCAGUAGAGAGCUAAAUUAGCUUUAGAGAAGCACGUUCACUUCAUCUGUAGAUUGUGGUAUGGGCUAGAAUUUGCCCCAUGUAUACCAAUCAUGCAAUAGUUUUGUAAAUGUGAGUUAGAAACACUCUCCUAAAACCCUUUUUAGAAACAAAGUAGUGUUUUUUGCUUUUGUUUGUUUGUAUUACAUGAUGUGAUUUCCAUGUGUUUUAUUACUCUGGCUGAGAUGUGUUUUGAAGCUGAACAUACACUUUCAGUUAAGAGCCUUUCUUUUCUGUAAUCUUCUAGCUUGUCUUUUCACAGCAAAUUUCAGUAAUUGGGAGGGCUGUUGAAAGGAUCUAAAUAAGUGAGAGAUGCUAAGACAUGGAUUCAGUUUAUCAGGACAUUUAAUCGUUAGUACUGGUAUAAGUCCCUGCUCAGUUUGUGGAUGUAGGUUUAAAUGUCUUAUAGCUCAUCUGUGUAUCAGACUUUGUUUCCUGUUGAAGGAAUGAAGGCUGUUAACUUUGGUACUUCAGUGCAUGUAUGAAGUAGAAACAAUCCAGGUCAAAA